UUUUAUUACAUCAGCUAUCACUACCCCAAUGUCUCACUCUUUCCUAUGCUGGGUGUGACGGGAUUUCCUUUUUAGCAGCUCUCAGCUGUUUCAUCUCGAAGGGUAGUUGAGGCAAGUGGUUCGAAAAUAAUUGUUGUUAGGUCCAAUUAUCAUUUGUACGAAUAUUGUUGCUAAUUAGAUUAGAUAGUGUUUCCAAACAAGACAUACAAUGGAGCAUGACAAUUCAAAAGAGAGUUCUGUAGAAACAAAUCUGUUGGAGAAAGAGAAAGACAUCCAAGAAGGCAAAAUGUCUGCAAGAAGUUCUAAACAUUUUGACAAGGAAAAUGAAGUUAAGCAGAAUUUAAUGUCAAAUAAUGAUGAAGAAGAAGAAGGCGAUGUGAGCGGCGUUAAGUAUGUACCAGCAAAUUCAAUAAAUGGAGAUGCAAAAAUCAACUUAGAGAAUGUUAAAGCCGCUUUUGCGGGAAUGGGAAAAGAAGAAUUAAUGAAAUUCGCAAACGAUCCUUUUUGGGUCCGUAUUCGCUGGACUUUCUUCAUUCUGUUCUGGUUAUUGUGGGUCGGAAUGCUUGCCGGUGCAAUAGCCAUCGUAGUAGUUGCUCCCAAGUGCGCUGCUCCUGCUCCACUCAAAUGGUGGGAGCAAGGGCCCCUCUACAAAGUUGAUGUGGCUUCCUUCAGCGGGAAUCUAAAGGGUUUGCAAGCCAAGAUUGACUAUUUCAAGGAUCUUGGAGUCAAAGGCAUAAUAGUGGAGUCUAUUAUCAAGUCUGAUUCCCUUACAAAGUCUGCUGUAGACUUCAAGGAAGUGGACCCAUUACUUGGUACAUUAGACACUUUCAAGAAUAUUACCAGUAAAAUCAAAGAUGCAGGGAUGCACCUGGUAAUGAGUUUGGUGCCCAACUUCUCCAGUGAUCAGCACUCGUGGUUCAACAAGUCUGUGCACAGCGAACAACCAUACACAGACUAUUACGUGUGGGCUUCUUCUUCUCGAGUUGAUGCUGAAGGAAAUAAGCUGCCACCAAACAAAUGGUUGAGUCUGAAUGGAAAUUCAGCAUGGAAGUGGAAUGAUGUCAGAAAGCAAUACUAUUUGCACCAGUUUGACACGAGCCAACCAGAUCUUAACUUUGCCAACCAAGAUGUUGUUCUGGAGUUUAAGGACAUAUUAAAAUUCUGGCUUGAACAAGGAGCAAGUGGAUUUCUGUUGGAGAAAGUGGAUUAUCUCCUGGAAGAUCCUGAUAAGAGAGAUGAAAGCACAGACACGGUGGGCCCAAACAGCGCGACACAUGACAGCUAUAACUUCUACACCCACUACCGCACCACCAACCAGGAUGGCUUAGAGGGGUUGCUGUCUGAGUGGAAGGAAGUGGUGGUGAACAAGACGGGUGAAACGGGACUGUUCGUGGCGGAGCGAAUCACGAGCCUGGAGCCAUUCGGCAAGAACGCCAGCGACCUGCUGCUCAACUCGCAGCUGUUCUCGGAGCUGAAGGAGGACUUCUCGGCACAAGCCUUGCUGGACCGCGUGCUGCUGCAGCUGAACCACGCCGGCAACGAGUCGCGGCCGGCCUGGCAGCUCGGCGGUCUGGCCGCCCGCCUGGGGCCUGACUACGUCGACCCCUUGAACAUGGUGGCUGCGAUGCUCCCGGGCACUCCGGUGUACCUGGCCGGGGAGGAGCUGGGGCAGGAGCCGCGGUCCCGCCCGCUCCUCUGGGACAGGACCAACACUACCGCAGGUGAGGAAGAUCUGAGUGUCGAAGCUCAGCGCGCUGCUGAGGGAGAGACACACUGGAAAGUGUUCACAGAGAUGGCCAAGUUACGGGAGGAGCAGUCCAUUAUGCAUGGUGACUACAACAUGUCACUGGUCAACAACACGCUGUUUACCAUCACUUGGUUGAAGAGCAGUAAUCCAGGUUACCUGUUGGCCUUCAAUCCAUCCAACAACAAUGUUACAGUUGAUUUGACAACAAUAAAUGGUUUGCCUGAUGAGCUAACAGUGCAGAUACAUAGCGUCAAUUUCUACAAUAAUGGGGCAGAUAGAACAUCACAGUCCCAUGCUAUCUCGUUUCCUCCAAGAGGAGCAGUAGUCUUCACGUUUGUACCUAAAAAAACGUGAAUGGCUAAUUUCUGGACCUAACGGCAACCAAUUGAUCUGAUCUGCUUUUACCCAGCAUAUGGCAUGUUGGUGCCAUAAAUCAAGUUGCAUGCUACAGUAAUUAAAGAACAAAGUUUUGCAGUUGCUUGUAUUAGCUUUUCAUGUAUCAGUUUUAAUUUUUUGCUCUUGCCUAUACUGAUAGAUGUUAUGAUACUUAGAAAAAAAGGAACGAAGUCUACAAACUGCAAUUUUGUAUUUAAGUAGCAAAUAUUUUUCAUGUGAGUUGCUUGUUUCAGCUAAAAUAAAUAUUCUGAACCCUA